UAAGCAGCAGCAGCAAAUGGGCAGAAGGGACAGACACUUGGAUGCUGGACUCUGAGGACCUCACCUUGUUUUUUGAGAAACCAGUUGUGCAUCUGGUACAACCACUUCAACAGGAGGGUAACCCAUGCCAGCUGAAAGCACCUCCACCUCUUACUGACUUUCCGGAUACUCAGGAUGCACAGAAGGAGGCGGAGUCUCUCUCCCUACUAUCCAGUUUCUCUCACGAACAAACAGUUCUCCAACCUCUUUCAAAAGGAUCAGAUGGUUCCAACACAUAUUCAUCAAAAGUCAACAGUUUAAGCUUUUUCAGUGAUCAGAUUGGAAAUGAGGAGCAACAUGGCCUAAGCAACCCAGGAGGAUAUGACCGUUUUUGGAAGAGUUCAAGCUUCAGCCACUCCUUUCUGGAGGAAUGUCACAGUGGCAAAGGUGCAGAUGAAACUCUGCAGGAAUUUGAUCAGGGAGCCAUGAGCAAAUAUCCACCUUUUGACUGUGUCCCAUCUUUGCGCAAAAGUUUAUUCAAGAGGCCAGAGAUGACCACCAGAAGUGACUCAUCCACCAAGAAUGACCCAGAGACCAGCAGCAGCCAGACAGCAUCCACACCUGAGGUUUAUAGAAAUCAGCCUCCUCUGGGCUUUUCUGCACCAAGUGGCCGACUCCCACAGGCAGCGCAACGCGCAGAAACACAGAGCGCAAGGAGAGCGGUAGUUCCCCCCAUGACGCCUCAGCCGCUGCACAUUCAAGGAUCUGCAGGAGUUUUGCGGCCUGUUUCGGAAAUUCCCGUGAAGUUCAGAUCUGUCUUCAGUGAAUUCCCCUUUUUCAAUUAUGUUCAGUCCCAGGCCCUGGAUGAUGUUCUCUACACCAACAAGAACUUUGUGGCCUGUGCUCCUACGGGAUCGGGCAAAACGGUGCUGUUUGAGCUGGCCAUCAUCCGCCUGUUGAUGGAGACGCAGGAACCGUGGAGGGACGUGAAAGCUGUUUACAUGGCUCCUAUCAAAGCUCUGUGCAGUCAGUGCUUUGACAACUGGAAUAAGAAGUUUGGUCAUUUGGGCCUGAUCUGCAAAGAGCUGACUGGAGACACAGAGAUUGAGGACUUCUUUGAGAUUCAGGACUCCAACAUCAUCCUGACCACGCCUGAGAAAUGGGACAGUUUGACAAGAAAGUGGAGGGACAACUGUUUGCUGCAGCUGGUCAGACUCUUCCUCAUCGAUGAGGUGCAUGUGGUGAAAGAUGCAACCCGUGGUGCCACCUUGGAAGUGGUGGUGAGCAGGAUGAAGGCCGUGCACAGCUUUAGAACCUCACAGAAUCCAGAGGCAGGACUUUCCAUGAGAUUUGUGGCCGUAUCAGCCACCAUUCCUAAUGUAUCUGACAUAGCAGAGUGGCUGUCAAAUGAAGGAGAGCCUGCUGCAUACCUGAAUAUGAAUGAGAGCCAUCGUCCAGUGAAGCUUCGGAAGGUGGUGCUGGGAUUCCCCUGCAACCCGAACCAGACAGAGUUUAAGUUUGACCUGUCACUCAGCUAUAAGAUGGCCAACAUCAUUCAGACUUACUCUGACCAGAAGCCUGCUCUGGUGUUUUGUUCCACUAGGAAAGGAGCUCAACAAUCGGCUGCAACUCUGGCCAAAGAUGCUCGAUUUAACCUGAGCAUCGAACAUAAACAAAGGCUGAUGACAUAUGCAAACAGCAUGUUAGACUCUAAACUCAGAGAUCUGGUGCUGUUAGGAAUUGGUUUCCACCAUGCAGGUCUGGGCUUGUCUGAUAGGAAGCUGGUGGAAGAGGCCUUCACCCAUGGAGUCCUGUCUGUCCUGUUUACCACCAGGACCCUUGCCAUGGGCGUUAACCUGCCCGCUCACCUGGUUGUGAUCAAGUCCACCAUGCAGUAUGUUGCAGGCUCCUGUGAGGAGUACAGCGAGGCAGACAUCCUGCAGAUGAUUGGCCGGGCUGGACGACCACAGUUUGACACAUCAGCCACAGCAGUGAUCAUGACCAAAGUCCAGACCAGAGACAAGUACAUGAAACUGAUGAACGGCAUGGAAGUGAUUGAGAGCAGCUUACAUGGUCAUCUGGUUGAGCACCUGAACGCUGAGAUUGUUCUCCAAACCAUCAGUGAUGUCAACAUGGCUCUAGACUGGAUUCGCUCCACCUUUCUGUACAUCAGAGCCCUCAAGAACCCCGCCCACUAUGGUUUCACUGCUGACUUUGACAAACAUGGGAUUGAAGCACAGUUACAAGAGCUGUGUCUGAAGAACCUGAACUCGCUGUCCUCCAUCGACCUGAUCAGUAUGGACGAGGACAUCAACAUCAAACCCACAGAGGCAGGCCGGCUGAUGGCCCGGUACUGUGUGGCCUUUGACACCAUGAAGCAGUUCAGCAAAGUGGAUGGCUCUGAGAGUCUGUCUGACCUGGUUGAGCUUGUUUCAAAGAGCAAAGAAUUGAGUGAAAUUCAGCUGCGAGUGAAUGAGAAGAGAUCUUUAAACUCUUUCAACAAGGACAAGAACAGAACCACCAUCAGAUUUCCCCUCAAUGGAAAAAUCAAAAGCAGCGAGAUGAAAGUGAACUGUUUGAUCCAGGCUCAGCUGGGCUGCAUCUCCAUCCAGGACUUUGGACUGAGCCAGGACACAGCGAAGAUCUUCAGGAUCGGCCUGCGCAUCAGUAAAUGCCUUUCUGAGUUUCUGAGCCAAAGGUCUAAGACAGGCUUUUCUGCGCUGCUCAACUCCAUCAUCCUGGCUAAAUGCUUUCAGUCCAAACUUUGGGAAAACUCGCCCUACGUCUCCAAACAGUUAGAGAAGAUAGGGCAGACUCUGUCAACAGCGAUGGUGAAUGCUGGACUCACCACCUUCACCAAAAUAGAGCAGAUCAACCCCAGAGAGCUGGAGCUGAUCGUCAACAGACACCCACCGUUUGGAAAUCAAAUCCGAGAGUCUGUUCUGCAUCUUCCAAAGUAUGAGGUGUGCGUGGAGCAGCUUCCACGGUACAACAGUUCUUCCGCAGAAAUCUUUGUCAAGGUUAUCCUGACAAAUCAAACCCAGCUGCAGUCCAAGAGAACAUCUCCAGAUCGUCACUACGUCAGCCUGCUGAUCGGAAACGCCGACAACUCCGUGGUCUGUCUUCACAAGCUCACGGACUUGAUUCUGCUCAAAUGUGGCACCUGGUCAAAGAAGAUAGAAGUGACGAGGACUUCAAAAGGAGAUGAGCUCAGUGUCAACCUCAUCAGCUCACAAUAUGUGGGCCUGGACGUGCAGCAGAGGCUGAUGGUGCACUACACCACACUGAAGGGAUUCGGAGUUCAAGGUCACAGUGACAGCUGUACCAUAGCAGACGCUCAUCCUGGACCCAAACAGCAGCUCUCAGCUUCAGCUUCAGGGUCUGCUGUUCAAGUGGGAAAUCAGAACCAAGGUAAGAAACAACCGUGCAGCCAUUCGUGCAAGAACAAGUCUGCCUGUGGCCAUGACUGCUGUAAAGUCUGUGUCACAGCAGCGCGGAGGAGGCCGGCUGACCGAGAAUCCAGUUUCUCCUCGUACCUGUCAGACCUGAAAAGCCGGUCGGACGCCCUCGCUCAAACCCCCGUCAAACGACUGAAGAUGAAGCUGGAGGAGCAGCCCCUGCUGGUCAGCAUGCAGAAGUUUGCUUUUAAACCUAAACCAGCUCCUCGUCCUCUUUCUUGCCACGAUGGGAGCUGGAUUAAAGCCUCUGACACUCAACAGACAGCAGAGUCAGAUGAAGGGUUUGGUUUCCAUGAAGAUGAGCGCCGCUGGAAAGCAGAAACUGCCUCACGACUCAGUCACAGUUCCUGGAUGAUCCCGGGCACAAACAGCAGAUGUCUCAGUUCUGGACCGAAUCGGAUCAGCACGUCUCACUCCCAAAACCAGAACGACGUGUUUCUCCAAAUACCUGCUGUGACCUUCGAUCUGGGCAACGAGUGGGACGAUUUUGACGAUGAGAAGCUGCUGAGAGCCAGUGAGGAUCCCAGAGCUGAAGCUCAGUGGCUGCAGACUGAACUCAGGGUCUCAGGCGGUGCAGCUGCAUCAGCAACACCUUUCCCCAGCCGCUCAGCCGCUCCAGCUGCUCCACAAAGUUUUAGUCAAGCAGCUGUAAAUCCUGGAAUCAGGAAACUUGGAUCUUCUCAUUUGAGCCAGAGGUUUCCCGAUCACAGGAGAAUCACGCUUGACGUGAACACAAAGAAGCCAAGCGUCUUCAGCAGGCAGUACCCGGUGAAGCCCCCGGAAAGGCCGGCUGCGCCACGUCCUGGAGUGCAUCUUCCUCCAGGAAUGCAUUUCUUUCAUGCAGAGGGCAGCUCGUCUCUCAGCAGAAGCAGCAGCAGGGAGGAGGAAGCCUUUGUGGGGAUCUUUGACGGCAUUUUCUAGACCACUAGUACUUCCUUCAUGGUAUACUUGUUCAUGUUCGACCAUCUUUAGUGCAUAAAUUACAGUUAUUGUUCUUACCUCAUACCUGUCGGAGUUCUGAAGUUAUCUUGCUCAUGCUGUUCAUGAGCUUUUGUAUUUACAUGUUUGUAUUUGUUAGUUGGGAUAUAAAAAAAAAAAACAGAAACAAAACUUUCUGUUAUUUGUUUUGACAAGAAUAUGUGUUUGAUGAGAAGUUUGUCAUCUUUUUUGUUAUAAAAAUAAAAAAUAUAUGAUUGCUUCUGUU